AUGAUGCGCCUCUUCUUGCUCGCCAUGGCCAUGUCGCCGGCCUUGGCACAAGUGUACGCCCCGAGCGCGGGGGUACAAGCUCCUCGCCCGACAGGCCUCGGAAUCGUCACGUCGUAUCCACCGCCCGACCUUCCUCCUGGCGAACCGGACAAGUAUGGAGCUGGUGCCAAGAUCCCACAGUACGGAGCAUGGCACUAUUACGAGCAGAAGCCGAUUCCGGACCAGACUAUCUCGGCCCCAAACUUGCGCCCAACGCUUGAUCCCAACACGCCUCCGGGUGAGCGAGAAUAUACCAUGGAUGUAGAGUACCGUGCGGCUUCGCCAGAUGGGUUCCUGCGCCGCAUGAGUGUCAUCAAUGGCCAGUUCCCCGGUCCUAUCAUCGAGGGCGUGCAAGGCGACACUAUGAUCAUCCAUGUCAACAACCACCUCGACGACCCAACCUCGAUCCACUGGCAUGGCAUCCACCAGAACAGGACUCAGUACAUGGACGGCGUGCCAGGCUUUACGCAGUGUUCGAUCCCGCCAGGAGGGAGCUAUACAUACCGUUUCCACCUUGGUUGGGAGAAGGGAACGUACUGGUACCACGCGCAUUUUGGAAACACGAUGGCGGACGGAUUGAUAGGAGCUCUGAUCGUACACGCCCCCGACGAUCCGCUCAACGACAGCUGUGACGACGACCAAAUGCUCUAUGUCGCCGACCACUGGGGCGAUGAUUCCGAGACGAUUGUUCACGCUGCAAAGAGCCCCAAGGGAUAUCGCGGUUGCGCACCGGUCGAUGUACCCGACAGCGUGAUCAUCAACGGUGUGGGCCAGGUCGACUGCUCCAUGGUCCAGCGUGGCGUGCCAUGCAACACCGACGUUCCGCCAUACGAGGUCCGCGCUGCUCCGGGCAAGCGGGUGCGGUUGAGGGUUCUUCACCACGGCUCGCACUCGCUAAUCUACCUCUCGAUCGACGGGCAUAAGCUGACGGUGAUUGAGGCAGACGACCUGGCUGUCCAGCCGUUCGAGGUGAAUGAGCUGGUCAUCGCUCCAGGUCAACGCUACUCGAUCGUGGUCGAGAUGAACCAAGCCUCCCAUGGAGCCGGGUACUGGAUCCGCGCGCGCGCCGGUACCGGAUGCUACAACGACAAGUGGCGGGUUGAAGGUGCCGGGAUCCUGCGGUACUUUGACGAGAUGGGGUCCGAGGAGGGUCUCGCUCGUCCCGAAACUAGUAUGUGGCCAGGUCUACCGGACAUGGGAGAGCCAGGUUGCCGCGACAUGGACGACAUCGGAUACCCUCUCAUUCCGCUUAUUCCCAUCGACCCGCCCCAAACUGCCGACGAGAGCUUUGCCUUCACCUCGAGUUUCGGCGAGUUCCACGACCCCGAAACCGGCGGAAAAUUCGCCGGUUGGGGAUUCAACAACGUCUCAUACACAAACUACAUCAACGACCCUCUUCUCAAGAUGGUCGAGGAUGGGCGCGACAUCGACCCGUCCCGUAUCGCCACGGCAACUUUUACGGGAUACGUCGCUGACAUUGUCGUCAACCAGCUCGACGGGGCGCCCCAUCCAUUCCACCUACAUGGGCGGCCGACAUUUAUCGUCGCCCGCGGACGGGGUACCAUCAACUCGACCGAGGGGGUGGAAAUGAACCUCGUCAAUCCCACGCGGAGGGACACGUUCGUAAUCGGCCCAAAGAGCUGGGUCAUCAUCCGUCUCCCACUGGACAAUCCGGGGGUGUGGGGCUUCCACUGCCACAUCGGCUGGCAUCUCAGCGUCGGUAAGAUGGCGGCUAUAGUCGUCAAGCCCGACCUUGUACGUACCAUCGACCAGCCCGAGGACUGGGCCGCCCUCUGCCAAGGCGACCCGGGUUUCAUUGGGCCUGGACGCCGCAGCUACAUCCCCCCACAGGGGCGUUAG